AUGCCUGGCCUCUUCUCUCGAAGGUCCAAAGCGAAAGAUCUAGGCCGUCUCGUCUCUUCCAAAGAGUAUUUCGGUGCAGUCAGCUCGGCAGACAUUGAUCGUUUAGGACUUUCCUCACCUACUCCCAGCACAGCGGAUGCGCAUUCACUACCCAACGUACCCACCAAGGAUGAUCUUCCUCCUCCUCCACCAAAAGACACCAAUGAAGGUUUUGUUUCCCCGGCUCGACAGCGAAAUGCAUCCAACGGCGAUCGAUCUAUCCCUGCUUCAUCGUCACCUGCUCCUCCUACGACGGCUAACAUGAAAGAGUUUGGCCAGAUGUAUUCGCAAAACGGCAGCAAAUUCUCGACGGCUGCUGCGUCGUCGUACUCGACGAUCGGAUCGCAUCCUUUAUCCCCCAAUGCUUCCACACUCCCGGGCAAUCGUCGCCUCGCGUCGGGAGGCUCGCUCCUCACCGUACCUUCCACAUCUCACCUUGGUCGUCCCAACUCUGCAAACUCGUUCGACACAUCCUCUUCCACCGGCUCGGGUGCAGCAGCAACCAAGCUACCUUACGUUUACGGCUACACCACCGAAGCUUGGCACGACCACCUGACCGCAGCACGCGUCCAUGCUCUGCUAGAGACAUGCGCCGAGCAGAUUCGAAGUCGUGGUCUCGACAAUCCGCUAAUCUUCUCCUCCAUGGCACUCGAUCUCUCCCCGGUCAACGUCGCCUCGCUGAUCAAGCUCUUCUCGCCCUCGACUGCCGGACAACGAGCGCCGCCGCCAGCGUUCUUGGAAGAGGUUCGAUAUGCCAAUCCCCACGAUCUGGCGGCGGUCAUCAAAUGGGCUUUGGCGCGCUUGGGUCGCGUGCUGGCUGUCCCCGUUCCCGUACCAGGAGCCAAGAAGGGCGAACCACGCGAGGAAAUGGUCUACGUCCAACAACGCGGCUUUCUCGACUUUGAAGCUUACAACGCAUGGCGAGAGCAGGAGCGUGACCAGCGUUUCCCCGCGACCGCCUUUAGCAGCUUUCUAUCUCACUUGGGUCCGGAAAACGUCCGGUUGCUAUGCUCGUUGUUCUCACUGCUCUCGUCCACCGCGAGCUACUCGCUCAAGAAUGGUAUGAUGCCGGGAAAACUUUGCAAGCUUUUCGGACCCUUGCUCUUUGGCCUUCCGGAAGACGAGACUUUUGCAAGGACGUACGAUGCCUACGUUCGAGCAAGCAAUGCCACCGAGCACUUACUUUUGGCAUACAUCCGCUUCCAGGGUACGACGACGACAUUGCCUCCGAGGUUGGGGCAGCACGUGGCUGGGUAUCCGAGCAUGUUGGAGAUGACCGAGGUAAGGGGCGGCAAGAUGGUCCCAGUGACGCAGAUCGAGAGGUGCGUCAGGCUGUACAGUGUGGAUCUGAUUCAGACUGCGUGCGAGAUUGAUGUAGCGGAGGAGUGUGGAGAGUGGAGGGACUGUAUGGGCGGCGAAGAAGGGGUAGGAAAGGAUCCGCAAUUGUCGGAUAAGUUCAGGAAACUGGUGAAUUUGAGGGGCGGGGGGGUUCAGGGGAGGAGAGGUGGUUUGAACAAAUUGGAAGGAGACGAUGCAUUGGCUGCGCAUUCUUCGCUGGUGAGCAAGCAAUGGGGUGACUUCAUGGAGGAUGGGUUCGCUGCUACGCAGUCGUCCAAAUUAGCCUUUGAUCUCAACGAGUCCGCGCGACGUAAUCGGACCGUCAAGAGGGAGACGAUCCACUGGAACGAUUUCUCCAAAGCCGGUUUCCAAGGAGAGGAGGACGGGACGCUGGCCGACGUUCUCGGCUUCGACGAUGCCUUGGCGCAAGAUGUGAGAAACUGGCCGAACGAAAGAGAUCAGCUGAAUGCGAAGCUGAAGUCGAGACAGGACAAGUUGCCGCGCUUCGAGUACGAUACCACUCCAUAUGUGGUUGCGAGCCCGACGAUGGCGCGAGCAGAUGGAGGCGUCGAUGAUGGUCAUCCGAUCAGUCGAAUGGACGAAACCUUUGCCGAGGUUUGGGCGGACUACCUCUUGGGCAACGGAUGGAGCAAUCGUGACGAGCUGACGCACAGGAAUGCCAAUUUUGUGGUGGUCCAGUACAAAUCUCGACCGAACAGGAGCAGCGUUGGAUCCUCGAGCACCGGGUCGAGUCUUCCGACGAAAUUCCAGGUACGAGAGGAAAGCGGGGCCAAGGAUGAAAGGGUGGAUGCGGCUUGGUUUGUCAUCCAGGAGGUGGUGCCUGCACAGUAUAGGGCGGACUUGGAGAGUGUCGGCAAAGGUAAGGGGAAGGGUAGGGCGGUGAUUAGGAAACUGAUCGCGUUCAGAAAGAAGGACAAGGACAAGGUGGGGACUGAGGAUGUGUCGGGUGGAAAUGUAGAGGAUGUAUUCAGGCCUGGACCGGGUGGAUCGACAAAGAGGAUCAUGUUGAGCGAUCAACUGAAGAGGAGCGGGUCGAAGAACGCAUCUCAAACCACGCUCAAGAGCAACAGGACCAGUGUCGAUCGAGAGCGUCCGGCGAGCGCCUUGGCCGUCGGCCAGCAAGACAGGACGAACGAUACGACGUUCGGCAACGACCAGGUCGGUCACACGCAAUUCAGAAGCGAAGGUCAUCAGACGGGUACCAGCAAGCUUAUGUCUUCUCUGCGAGCCAAGAGUAUUCGAGCGGUUAAAACGGCGAGAAGAGGUGCUUCGAGUCCUGCGCUCAAGCAGACGGAUGAACUUGGUGCGACCAAGAUGCAGCAGCGAGGGGACGUGGAUGUAGAUCGAAGCUUUACGAGUGCUGACUUCGAGACGAGGAGUGUUGGAGAGGAGCAGGGAGAGGAGGAUGAAACAAAUGGGAAGAUGAAUCGAGGCGAGUUGAGGGGUGAUGGGAAAAGGCCGACGGAGAAGGAUGACGCCUGGAUCGACAUUCUAGUCAGAGCGAAUGGAAGUAGGAUGAGCGGCCAGGAUGCACCAAUUGCCGGGGCAAGGAAGACCUCAUUGGGACUGAGGUCGGAUGAGAUCAGUCAAUUGUCCGUUGUCGAGCCGAGUAACGCAGGAACCACGAGGUUGUCGGUCGGAUCUGGAUCGUUCAACGGCGGAGAAGGUGGCGAUCUGCGGUCGUCCACGCCUACGCACAUAGCGACCACUGCUGCGAACCACGACGCUGACGCAUCGAGCAGGGCCGAUUCUAGACCUUCUUCACCCGUCGAGCAUCCUCCCGACACGACGCUCCGCAUGGCGGACAACUCGGCCGACAUCCCCAUGCGAGACGCAUCGCUACGCGAUGUCUCCCACCUUCGAACCUCGCCAUCACCACCUCGACCAGCAGUGCUGCCUCAACCAGCACCGGCCAUCGAUCCGGUCGCCGCGGCGCGUGCAGCUCUCAAGUCGCGCAAGGAGGCAUCUGCACGACCGGCGGCUCAGAUCGACACGAAGAAGCUGGUCGAGUCGCUGCGUGCGGGGCUGAGUCCGAUCGAGGCUGUUCGCGCGAGCAAAGGGGUUGGCGCGCAGGGAGGGGCGGAAGAGGUGGGCGAGGUGAGUUUGAGGAAGGUGGAAAGAUCAACGUCGGAGGGUGCGAGUGAGAGGGGCGAAGGUGGGAAGGCAAAUGGGUACAGGGAUGUUUUUGCGAAAGACCCGGUUGCGGGAAGGGUUGCUGAUGUUGCUAGUCGAUUUGGUGGAAGAACGGGAGCAGGGCAGGCUAGCGGGAUCCCCGUUAUCAAGAGGAAACCCGUCGUCGAGCUGGGAGAGAAAUCUCUCCCCACCGCACCUGCUACCCCACCCCCGAACGGCACCGCCGAUCAGCGACCCGAGCUCAACGACGUUCACGCGACACCACCGCUCGCCCAACGCCAAUCGCUAGACUCAACGCGCGAUCCAGACGAGAUCUACCCGGAAGACGCAGCCAGCAACUUCGACCCCAAAGACCACCCCAGCGUCGACAGCCCCCUCAUCCCCUACCAACCCUUCACCGACACCGGCGACGUCGAACAGCUCACCGCCCAACAGCGGGAGUACACGUGGAGCAGGAACGGCUUGCUCGGAUCGCGCAAGGCGGAAGAGGAGGAAGACGACGCCCCGACAAGGUUCGCUCAGCCGUACCAGCCGGGCAUGCCGCUCGAUAACGUGCUCGAGGAGAGCGAGAGCGUGCUCAGCGGGUCCAAUCUCUAA